UGCAAUUUUUCACUACUACUUGCAUAAUUGUAUCGAUGAUUGAAGAUUGAAUAAAAUUCAGUUGACAGUAUAUCUAUAUAUAAUCAAGAUGAGACAUGAGAUAUUCCGUGGCUUGCCGACAAUUUCUCUCCUAACCUCUUUAGAGUAUCACGUACUCUUGUGACGGUGUUAGCUCAAAACUACAGAGAUUCAUGUGCUAAAUAACAUCAAGUUGGAAGGAUUUUCUUAAAAAAAGAAUUUAAGAAAAUAUUACGCGUCUGCGAACAUUCAUGGGAUAUACUCGUGUAAAUCUGCUUGUUUGAUAUCAUCCGAGACAUGUCGAAUGUACACACGGUAAAUAGUAUCAUUAGUAACAGAAAUCGCGAUUGUCUUGAAUGCAGACUAUUGAGCGGUGGCGGUCUUGUCGCCGCUGGCUUAUACGUCUGUCAUCAUUCCAAACAGCAUCAGCAUCAAGUGGGGAAAGCAGCGAUGUACUCGAUUGCCUCUGUGCUAGUACUUCUUGGCACAGCUAGAAUUUUGGACUUACCACCUUUUCAAAAUAAAUUCAAGCGGAGCUGAGUAAUAAAUUACUUAAGCAAAUAUACAGAUCCACAGCACUUUGUAAUGGUUGCAUAAAUAAUGUGAGUGUGAUGCAAAAAUAUUUAUAUAUUUUUUCUUAACGUAUACCUUAUCAUAUACAUAUAAAUGGGAAUGCUAUUGAGUUUAUUUUAGAUAAAUUCAGAUAUGAUGUUUGUUGAAAAGUUGUAAUAUUGUACUGAUUUAUUAAGAUUUUAUAUAAAACUAUAUAUUUAUUUUUUUUAUGUGUAUUCAUACUUCAGAUUGUAAACUCAAUCACAGCAUCUCAAACCUACGCUCAAAUAUCUUUGAUGUCUAAAUUUUGGAUAAUGCAGACUAUAGUCACGUUAUCAGUUCUUAUUCCUGUAAAAACAUACAGGAUGUUUUAUAUCAAAUUUUAAAAAAUUGCACAUCUUAGAAUAUAUA